AGCUACAUCCCUCCGAAGCGCGCAACCAUGGCCCCUUUGACCGCCGGCUCCGAUGAGAAGACUCAUCAAGCUCUCCUCGACAAGCUCGACAUCUAUGCCAUAUCCAAACCCUACCGCAAUCCCAACUGGAAACCCCCGCAGCGCCGCAACAAGAACGUCAAGCAAAUCAUCGCCGAAGCCACGCGCCGAGAAGCCUCAGUACUCGCGACGCAGAAUAACAGCGGCGUCUCGACUCCGCUGACCGAAGUCGGCACCCCAGCUACAGGCAGCGGCGCUGUAGGUCGGCCUCCAAACAUCGCGCAAGCGGCCCAGAGUCUGAGCACGUUAGUUCUCGAGAAGAACAGUCGCGCUGCUGCGGGCCUGCCUCCCACGAGCGUCACCACAAAUGGUAAUGGGGUGGGAGCGGGCGGCGCUGGUGGCCCGGCGGCGACAUACACCAAUAUUGAGUCGGCGCCCAGCUUCCAUCCGAGCAGUCAGCGGCGGUACUGCGACGUGACAGGCCUUGGUGCUCCUUACACAGAUCCCAAGACGAGGUUACGAUACCACGAUAAGGAAGUGUUUGGAUUGAUUAGAACCAUGGCGCAGGGUACGGUUGAAGGACACUUGGCAGCGAGAGGAGCGCACACAGUGCUCAAAUGAACGUGCUCAAUGUUCUCUGGAGCGUUGGGUAUGCUCUUCACUUGAACACGAUAUUUUUUGGGGGGAAAGAGCACAGCGAUGUCUUACACGAGAUGAAGAGAACCAAACGACACAUGUAGGACGCAAGAGAAAGGCGAGGGAAAGAAAGGUCUGUCUGGCCAACAAAGUCAAGCUCACUCCACCCACCAAGCUCCUUUCGAAGCAAGGCUCAAGAAGGCGCUCCGGCUUAAUCGUGGACAGUUAUAUAUAUGGUUUUGUUCUUCGCCCGUGUGACGGGGUACCAGGAGCUUGCAUAGAGCUUCUCCUAGUUACAGUAGCUUCGAGAGCAGACUGUGGCC